AUGCCUGCUCAAAGCUCACAGAAAAUUGGAACUGAGGCGCUCCGAUCCCGUCUUCAGAAGAUUAAGCUUGAAGAGGGAGUUGGUACAACCACCGAAGAGGAGUGGACAUAUGAUGAAGACGCCGACGAUAAGUUCGAUAAGGAGGCUGCUGAAAAGACCCGGCUGGAAUACAUUAAGGCCGCCGAGCUUGCCACACAGCCUUUAACGCCGCCAGAAAACUUUGCUCCGGUCAUCAACAACAUAUAUCGGUCUUCUUUCCCACAGCAGCCGAACUUCUCGUUCUUAAAGACACUCAAGCUCAAGUCGGUGUUGUGUCUUAUCCCGGAGGAGUACCCAAAGUCCCACGAGGACUUUUUUGAGGAGGAGGGUAUCCAAUUAUUUCAUCUAGGCAUGGCCGGUAACAAGGAGCCGUUCGUUAUCAUCAGCAGUGAGCUCAUUACUGAAGCCAUAAAGAUUGUGAUAAACCCAGCAAAUCAGCCCAUCCUUAUUCACUGCAAUAGAGGAAAACACAGAACCGGCUGCUUGGUGGGUGUUUUGCGGAGACUCCAGAAGUGGUCUCUCACGAUCAUUUUCGACGAAUACCGUAAGUUCGCUGCACCCAAGGAACGUCCUAUGGAUCAGCAAUUCAUUGAGCUCUACGACGAAAACAGGAUAUUACUGUACGCUCAGGACAAUGGGUUGCUACCGUUGAAAUGGGAUUAA